UGUACGAAUAUAAUAACAAACAAAAGACAUGUUUGCGAAUCUAAAGAAUAAGUUAAUCGAAGAAGUAAAGGCUUCACCUUCGAAAUUUUUCACACAGGCUGCAACAUCAUCAGCGUCCUCUAGUACUACAACGGAAACGAAUGCCACAAAUAAUGCCACUAAUGAGAAUUUCUUUAGUAUUACUGAGGAAGAUACACCCCAAAAUUCUCCUUAUAAACCCUUAAAAUUACCCGCUGGAGCGGUGCGUGGUAGGAAUACAACAACACCACCACAUGGCCAGAAUGGAGGUGCUAUACCAAGAACUAGAAAACUUUCUAAUUCAUCUGUCCAAUCAGAUAUUUCAUUUCGUUUACCAAAUUGGGAUGCUGGUUCGGUAUAUAAUUUUCAAUCAGAUUUGGAUGAAUCUGGUAGUGAAAUGGGCGAUGCUCCAACCUCUGCCAAAUUGGAUGUCAUAACAAAGGAACAACUGUUUGAUGCAUAUCGCAAAUCAUUAGAUCGUUAUCACAAAUAUCGAUGCCGUUACACUGAUUUGGCGAAAAAGUAUAAAGACUUGGAACGAGAUAGUACCAAGGCAAGGUCCGUUUUGGUGGAAACCCAAGAAAAAGCCAUACGACGCAUUAACGAGUUACGUGAACAAUGCUCUUUGGAACAACAAGCCAAAGCCCAUUUGGAAGAAGCUCUACGCAUGGAAAUCGACGAUAUGCAAUGUAAAAUGCAAGCCUAUCAAACUAAAUUGAAAUUAUUGGGCGAGAAUCCGGAUAAUAUUGCUGCUGCAUUGGCGGCUGGGCAGACAAACGAGCAAUUAAUCGAUUUAAGUAGCAACGAAGAAACACCAGCAACGACUCGACGCAAUGACGACAAUACACAGCAAUCGAUUAUUAAUGAGGACUUUAAGGAACGAUUAGAAAAUUAUGAGAAACUAAUACAAGAACGUGAUCAACACAUUCUAGAAUUAAAUAAUAAACUGGACUUGUUGAAAAAACAGGAGGAGGAAAAUGUGCUGCUGUUGGCUCAAACCAAAGCUGCCAUACAUUCCGAAUUGGAAAACAAGGAAGCUGAAGUUAAGAAACUAACGGAAACGGUGAAACAAUUGCAAACCGAAAUGAAUAAAAAAUCAGCUACUAAUGAAGAGUUGAGCGAGCUAAAGGAAAAAUUGAAACAAACCAUCAGUUCCAAACAGGAAUUGGAAGCCAAAGUCAUAGCUUCAGAACACAUAUUAAGCGAGCUGAAAGAAAAACAAAAUGAAAAAGAGAAAUCCACCAAAUCUCUGGAAGAGAAACUGCAGCAACAGGCCAAGGAAACUGCCGAAAAAUUACAAGAACUGCAACAACAAAAUCAACAACUCAGUGAAAUGAUACAACGGUACCAACAAAAUGAAGUGUCCUUGGCCGAGGUGGACAAUGAAUUGAAUCGUACGAAAAAUGAAAAUGAUAUUCUAAGGACAAGACUUGAAGAGACGGAAAAGGAUUACAAUCAGCGUGUGCAGGACAUGGAAGACCUCAAGAACGAGUUGGCCACUAAGCAAGAUUUACUAAAGCAGGCUUUAGAAGAAUCGGACAAGUUGAAACAACUAUUGGAGGCGAAAGAAACCGGCGAAAAGGAAAUUGUUGCAAAAAUUAAACAAUUGGAAAUAGAUUUAAAACUGGCCCAGGAACAAAAUGCCAACACUGAAUCGGAAACAAUUACCAAUUUGAAACAAGAAACUGAAAGAAUAACAAAGGAAUUAAACGAUGAAUUAAAAGCAACCAAAGAACAAUUGGCCGCGAAAGAGAAAGAAUUGAAAACCCUGUCGAAAAAAUCCUCGAAAUCGGAAAAACAACAUGAAACGCAUAUGACGCAAAUGCAACAACAAUUUGAAGAAAUUGAAAAGUUGAAAAACGAUUUACUACAACAAGAGAAUCUUAUUGAGGCUCUCCGUGAAGCCUCCUCAAAAAGGGAGCAGGAAGCCGAACAGGAAAAGAAUGAGCUGAAAGACCAAGUAACCGGCAUCCUUAGUGAAAUUACCCAAAUGGAAGAGCAAAUGCGUAUUGUCCAGGAAUCCCACAAAGAAUUGGAGACGGAAAAACAUCUACUGGAGCAGCGGAUUGAAAAUAUGCAACAGCAGCGACAAAAUUCCGAGGAGGAUAAUGAAAAAUGGCAAGAGCUGCUAGAACAGGCUGAGGUUAAACUAAAAGAAAUGGAAACUAAGCUGCAAACAGUUGAAAGCGAACAUACCCAAAUGGCGGAGAAGAAUUGUCUGCUGGAAGAGAAUACCCAUCGUUUGGAAAUGUUAUUGGCCGAAAAGGAACGUCAGCAGGCUGCCACCGAAGAAGCUUUGAUAAGUGAGCUGCGUUUGAAACUGCAAACCACAGAGAAUUCGUUGCAAAAACUCAACGAAAAAAUGCAAGAAGUUCUCCAUGAAAAUUCACGUCUGCACAACAAUCAGGAAUUGAAUGAUCACGACUAUCGCAAUCUGCAGGAUAAGUUUGAUGCCUUGGAAAAGGAGAAAGCCAUAUUGGAGGAUAACAGAGAUUGUUUGCAACAGGAAUUAAAUGAUUUGCGUAUGGAAAUGGAAGAAAAGCUGAAGAGAUUGGAUGAACAACAACGGCUGUUGCAGGAGGCCCAACACAAAGUUUUGGAAAUGACAAAGACCCUGGAGAGCAAUGGACAGGCUUUGAGUGAGGAGAAAAAACUAAGGGAACAAAUGGAAAAGGAACAGGAAAGUCUACGUAAGCAAUUACAAAAUCUUAGUGAAAAAGAAUCGGAAUCAGAAGGUCUGCAAGAGAGGUUGGCGGAAAAACAACAGGCUAUGGAUGAGUUGCAAGAAGAAUUGCGGGAGUUUAGUGAAAUGAGGAAGGCAUAUGCAAAUGUUAUGCAGGAAUUGGAGCAAGAGAAAACAGAAAAGGCUGCGAUGCAAGAGGAAAAAGAAAAACUUCAGCAAGAAAUUCAAUCCCUCAGUGAACAAUUAAAUGAUGGCCAAGCACUUAAGGAAAACCUUAAGGUAAAGGAAAUGACAUUAGAGGAGCUGGAAAAACAAGUGAGCGAGUUGAAAGAAACCCAAAAAGUAAUGGGAAACGAUAAACUGGAACUGCAGCAGAGGCUAAAUGAAUUCGAAGAGAGCAAUCAAAAAUUGGAACAACAGAAAGAAGAAAUUCUGCUACUCAAAGAACAAAAUGAGUCCUUGCAACAAGAGUUGGAUGGAAAUCAAAAGAAUUUGGAACAACUACAACAACAAAUUGAGGCUCUAAAGGCUUUGGAAACAAACAAUGAAGAUAUUAGUGGAAAACUCAAGGAACUACAAGGACAAAAUAAUAAUUUGAGGGAAAAGAUGACAAUUUUGCAAACACAAAAUGAACAACUAACAGAAGAAUUGAAUACUGCUAAAUCCAAAGAAAAUGAAUUCAAACAAAAUCUUGAAACACAAUUACAAACCAAAAACACCGAACUUCAAGAAAUUUCCACGAAACUUCAACAAGCAGAAGAGGAAAAGGCCAAACUUUUACAACUUGUGGCCGCAUCACAAAAACAACUUGAAGAUUUACAAGCGAAGUACGCCUCUAACAUCGCCGACAUGGAAAAAUUACAAGACACCGUAAAUAAAUUAAAUUCUCAAGCCACAAAUGUUGAGCAAUUGCAACUGGAAUGUGAGUUCUUAAAUAAACAUGUGAAACAAUUGGAGGCACAGAUUGCCGAACAUCACGAUAAUGUCAAAUUAAAAGAUUCCGAUUCUAAUGAUCUGAAAGAGAAACUCAAAUCCUUACAAUGUGAGCUGUAUGUACUUAAGGAAAAUGCAGACCAACAUGAAAUCGAUAUGCUGGCCAAGGAGAAACAAUAUCAAGACAGUGAGGCCCAUAACAAACAAUUACAGAACGACUUGGAAAAGGUGCAAUCGGAGUUACAGCGGCAAUUGGAUCAUAUUAAAUACAUAACCGAACAGGAUGAUACUGUGCAGAAGGAAUUACUUGCCACACAAAAUAAACUCAAGGAAGUGGAAAGUUCCAAAGACACUGUAACACAAGAAUAUGACCAAUUCAAGUCAUCUUCUUUGGUCAGGGAACAAGAAUUCACCGCACUCAAUGAGCAGCUGAAAAAAGAUUUAGAAAAUUCUACCCAAAAACUAGAAGAAUUACAAAAUAAUCUAAAACAACUCGAUGGGAUAUUGCAAGAAAAACAACAGCUCCAAGAAGAAAUUAAAUCUCUUAAAAUUGAAUUGGAAGUGGAAAGAGGAAAUGCGGUACUCAAAUCCCAGCAACAACAACAAAACAAUGAACCAGCAGCACCACCAACGAAUAUACCAACCGAUUCGGAACAUUUACGUAAACUGAACGAUACCCUACAACGAGAAUUGGAAGAUCUAAAGCAUAAAUCUUCAAGGGAAAUUUCCAAUCUGCAACAAGAAAUGGAAGAUCUACAGGCCACGAACACUCAAAUGGCCGAACGUAUCAUGGACUUGGAACGAAUCAAGGCCACACUGCAGGCACAAAAAAUGUUCGGCAUUGAUAUGCAUCAUGUUGAUAACGUCAAUGCCAACACAUCGAAUAGUAGCACUUCUAACAGCACCGACAACAACGCUGAUGCUGAGAAAAAACAACUGGAGGAGAAAUUGAAAACAAUCAUGGCCGAAGUUCAAGAUGUCUCGAAUCGUAAUCUAUUCCUAGAACAAAAAUGUGAAAAUUAUCUAAUAUUGGAACAAUCAAACGAACGUUUGAAAUUACAAAAUGCCAAAUUAUCAAGGCAAUUGGAUGAAACAUUGGUAUCCAUGCAACACAAUGAGGGUAUUGCAGCUAAUACAGAAUUCGAGUACUUAAAGAAUAUUAUGUUCCAGUAUCUAACCGGUUCAGCAAAUGGUAAUAAUGAAACGUUGGUCAAAGUUAUAUCGGCGGUAUUGAAAUUUUCACCACAACAAACACAAGUGGCCUUGGAAAAGGAACACCAGAGGAGGUCACUGAUUAGUAAAAUUCUAUAGCAAGAAAAUGAAAAAAGUUACUACAUUUGGUAGCAGUAGCGUAUAACAAUUAUGAAACAGUAAAUAAAAAUAUUA